CCGCUCCCGGGCAGAGGCGGACGUCAGAAAGGCCGCGUAUUGAUUUUUAAACGCCCCAAUAUCACAUAGCAAAAAAAAAAAAUAACGCGCGUCGAAUUCAAUCAUGGCUUUAUUGUUAUUAUUUUUCAUAUUAUGAAUAAAUGGACACGCAUAUUACAGUGCAAAUUGCUAAUUUUGUGUCAAUCUAUUUCGCGGACGUAUUCCAAAAGCACCCACUAGAGUGAGACAGCUUGAAAAAAGAUAGAUUUACGAGUGUUCGUGUCUGUGUUUUAAUUAGAUUAUUGUUAAAAUCUUAAUCGUAAUUUACAAUGUGAAGUGUACAUUCGAAAAUAUUUUCUGGCUUUAUUCUUCUAAACAAAUUCCGCAUCCUGCCUUUCAGACCAUCCAUCCAAAAAGCAUUUAAGUGUUCACUAAACUCUCUAAAUUGGAAAUUAAGAAAAAAAAACAUUUUUUUUACAAAUCAAUUUUAAUCUGUGUCAAUUGUUGUCGUGAAAAAUACACUGAGAUUUUCAAGUUGUGAAUUAUGUUAUUUUGAAUUCGGAAUUGUAAAACAACAUGGCGACCCCGCCAGAGAGCCCUGUGGAGGAGCACGCGUAUGAGUUGGAGCCGAGCAGGACGCCUAAGCCGAUACCGGUCGCCUUAGAAGAAUUAUGUAGACAAACGAAAUUUUCCAAACAAGAAAUUCGUGUCAUGUACAGAGGUUUCAAAACGGAAUGUCCCGAGGGCGUGGUGCAGGAAGAAUCAUUCAAGGACAUAUAUGCGAAAUUCUUCCCACAUGGAAACUCUGCACUGUACGCACACUACGUGUUCAAAGCUUUUGAUGUGAAUUGCAGCGGGGCUAUAAGCUUUAGAGAGCUGUUAGUAACACUAUCUACGCUACUAAGAGGUUCUGUGUACGAGCGAUUACGCUGGGCCUUCCGCCUUUACGAUGUGGACGGAGACGGAGCGAUCACGCGAUCUGAGCUGGCCGAGGUCGUUGUGGCUGUCCACGAGCUACUCGGGCGGAGGGCCUCGCCAGGGUCGCCUGCUGCACGUCUUGAUGACGCUAAGGCUAACGAACAGGUGGACAGAGUGUUUAACAAGCUGGACCUGAACCAGGACGGCGUGAUCACGAUCGAGGAGUUUCUGGAGUCAUGCUUGAAGGAUGACGUCAUCACUCGCUCGCUGCAGAUGUUUGACACGGCGCUAUGACGUCAGACCGACGCCGAGGCGCGCGAAUAUCACAGGGCCGCAUUGAAGCGCGCGAGCCCGCCUUACCGUAUUGUCCGCCAUUGCCAGUGCGCGCGCACCGGAUCCGGUUCCGGUUUCCUAUCCAACAUGGCGGCCGCUUGGCGCGUCCGGGCGCAAGAGUACAUCCGUUACUUCGCCGUCUUCGAGAACUUUUACGCGGGAAUCGUCCGCCCGAAGAUAAAGAGCGUUCUGUUUUUCCAUUUUUGAAUUUUAAAUGUUUGAAAUUAGAACUCCUAUUCCGGUCUGGCGGUUGGCAUUUUUAGAGUGAGAUUGUUUAUUGACGAAGUGUGUUUAGAUCUAUUUCUAAUUGCAUAAAAAUACGUUACUUACGUAUUCAAAAUGAUUAGAUUUAAUUAUAUUUAACAUGCUUUUGGAAAUUUGAGCUUAUAAUGCGUUUAAAAAGAGUAUAUAAGUCGGAUUUUUAUUGAAUAUAUUUAUUUCAUUGCAAUACCAAAUGCUGGUUUCUGCGGAGGCGGCAACAGGGUGCCCUCGACAGAGAUUUGUGGAAAAAAUAAGGGGAAGCCGUUGCCCAGCAAUGGCACACACCCGCACGCUAAAAAGAACAAAUUAUCGUGAAUGGUUGAUAAUUCCUAGUGUUGCCAACCCAGUGAACUUUUGUCAUUUAUUUGCUACACGUUUAUUCCGCGUAGUAAGUCUUAUUAACAAAUUUGUCUAUCGUAUUGGUGGUUUAUAAUAAUAAUAUGUUCAACUAGUCGAUACUCGUGUUACGUCCUCUCUAGAAUUUACUUAAAUAUCUAUUUUUACCCCGAAUUCCGCGAUUGUGGUAUUCGCAAGCAAGAACUGUAUGACAAGAAUUCUUUGGCACGUGAUAGAAAAGCGAACUAUUUGUUAGCUGUAAAAAAUAUUAUUUAGAUGGUAUGUGGCGCCACCACUGAAAUGUCAAUGGAUCCUUGUGAGACGGGUAAAACUAAACGUUAACUAAAGUGACAAGCACAGAUGAACAAGCACAGGCCCAACUUAUAUGGGCCACUAAGGGCGUCGCUACUGUUGAAAAAAAUUGUCAUGAAAAUGACUUAAAUUCAAUUUUAGCCGCAGAAUCAAGUGUUGUUGUCAUUCUGUACGAAUUACUUGCAUGGUCAUGGUAGCUGUGACGGAAUGUCAAAAAAUUCUUAGUAAGUACUUAUUGUUAUUUAAGUAAUAGGUUAGAUUUGGAAGUUUGUUCGGUUUGAAAAAGGAAGAAAUGCCAUUAAUGUAGUUUAAGCGAAAUUAAAUUUUUCAAAAUUUGAAAGAUUUGUGGUUUGUGCAAUUUUGAUGGGAAUAAUCAAUGACAGAGAAAACUAAAGACAAGCCAGCGUAGCCAAAUGAGACGGAAGAUUACCAUGUAACUUCCUGGCUUUCCAGAGACAAGACAAGAGACACGAUAUAUCUCUUGUAGCGCUCUGUCUCGUUUCUUCUCUUUUAUUUCCAAUACGCAUUUCUCUCCUGUAUGAGCGAAAUUAAAGAUACUCGUAUAACGUCUAUAGUUUUCUCUGUCUACGUGUUAAAUGACGGAUAA